CCUCACAUCAGUACUUGACAAUGUCUUCACCUGUGCAAACAUUUGGUUUUCUCUUCAUCUGGUUUUCAUGUCAGGUGAACGCUGUCACAUUUCACCAAUCUCCUCCCCAGAUAGUGAAGGACAGCAUUGAGGUCCAGAUUAACUGCACACAUGAUGAUACGAACCUUGUAAUAAUGCUGUGGUAUCAACAAAGAAAGAACAGUCCGUCUAUGACCCUCAUCGGAUAUGGAUAUGAAAGCUCCCCAAACUACGAGGGGCAGUUUGAAGAACAAUUUACUCUGACAAGACAAAGCACAGUGAAAGGCUCUCUGAUAAUAAAGACAGCAAACCUGUCGCACUCUGCUGUUUAUUUCUGCGCUGCUAGUACACAUGUGAACAACUACGAACCAGCUUAUUUUGGCAGUGGCACCAAACUGACAGUGUUGGAUCCAAAUCGUAAAAUCACCCCACCGACAGUAAAAGUGUUUCAACCUUCAUCAAAGGAGUGUCGGAACCUGAAAGAUGAGAAGGAGAGGAAGAAGACCUUACUCUGUGUGGCCAGGGAUUUCUACCCAGACCAUGUCAGUAUUUUCUGGCAGGUUAAUGCGAAGAAUGUCACCAAAGGUGUGGCCACUGACCCCGCUGCCCGGUUGGAUGAUAAAACCUACUUCAUCACCAGCAGGUUGAGGGUCCAUGCCGAGGUCUGGACCUCACCUGGGACAAACUUCUCGUGCUUUGUCACCUUCUUCGAUGGGAACAAAACUAUCAUUAAAGACGAAACAGUUUUUGCUGUUGAAGCUUACGUGCCAAGUGUCAAGACAAGAGUGAAAUAUUUGAGGAGCACACAGAGUUUCAAACUCUCCUACACUGUUUUCAUCAUCAAGAGCAGCAUCUAUGGAGCCUUUGUGGCGUUUCUGGUGUGGAAACUUCAGGGUUCAACUGGGAAGCAGAAGUACUGAGAGCUGAGCUGAGGUGAACCAACUCUGGCAGAUGGAUUAUCUUGUUUUCUGUAAAUACAACUGAAAAUAUAGUAGUUAUAUUUCUACUGCUGUAUGUUAUAGUGCAUUUGCACUUGUAUAUCAAUGAGCCAUUCGAUUAACAGUUCUGUGCUUAUUCUUUUUACAAUGUUAAAGCUAUAACCGGCAUGCAAAUAGUUUAGCAUCAAGUUUUUAUCAAUACUUAAUGCAUCAUUCUAUGUUUGUGGUGGUUCAACGUUUGUGUGCUUUGUUUUCUUCUCAAUAAAAGUGUUUCAGGAAAAUCUUGACAAA